UUUUUGUGUUUUAUCAUCUCAAGACUGCUACCAGCGGAUGAGAGUGUGAGCCAGGUCCUGCUUCUUUCUUUCAUACACCAAACAGUCUAUCUAGGGUUUUGUUUCUAUUUUCAUUUUACUAUCUUCCUCUUCCUCCUCUGCUCAUUUACGCAUUUUAAACAAAUAAGAAUUCAGAGUACCUCUCCAAUCUGCUCAUCUUUUUCCUUUUACUUGAUUUCCUGUUUAGGAAGAAAAAAAGAAAAUUCAUUUUACAUUUACAUUUACAUUUAAUGGGGUUUCUGACGAGUCACUCCAUUACACAUAGUUUGUAAUUGCUUAUUGGUGCAGAUUUUGAUUUUCACAUUCUGGGUUUGAUUCCUCCUUAAAUAAUAGAAUGAAUCAAUUCCAACAUGCCAACUUAGCUUUCCCCUGAAGUUUUUAGCUUUCUUCAGUAGCUUGUUUGACCAUUUCCCCAAACAAGAAAAUCCAGUCUCAAAACACAAAGAUUCCUUCCCUUCAGCUACAUACCAUGCCCAUGUGCAUUUCUCUUUGUUCUAUCUCUCCAACUCCUUUCAACAACCUUUUCAUCAACUAAUAUCAACUGUAGGUAGUUUCUCCAUCUAUAUUGUGGUGAAAAAUGGAAUCUUUGAGCUGAGAUUUUUCUUAACUGACUCAGAGCUCUAUCUAGGCUUUGUUUGGGUCAUGUUUCUUAUAACAAGUCUAUUGUUUUCUAUGGAGAAGAAGAGUAGUAAAUAUAUUUUCCUCAAGUUUGUGUUUGUGUUAUUCCACUGUCUCUACAACUCUUGUUCUGUGCAAUGUCACGGAGCAGCGAUAAAGCACAUCCCAGCGGACCCUCCAUCCCCAGAACGGACUCCAGAAUUUAGAGGUAAGUUACAGAGAGUUAUCUUGAGCAUCUUGUUGGGAGGCAUAACCGGAUUCGGCUGUGCUUUUCUUUGUGCUUGCCUGGUGAGGUGCAUCUUCAGAUAUAUGAAGAGAAUUCCUAUUCUCAAGGGACCGGUUGUAUUCUCACCGGAAAUCUCUCCCAAAACUCUAGAAUCAGCUGUAGCAAAUGAAAGCCAGGUGCUGGGUUCAAGCCCUAAUGGGAAGUAUUAUAUGACUCUACUUGACAGUGGGUUGACAAUUGCAGUGAAGAAGCUUGAGCCCUUUGAAACCGAAGCUCAUCAGAGGAAGAGCGUCAAGAGACGAAUACAGAGGGAGCUUGAGAUACUGGCUAGCUUGAGGCAUAGGCAUUUGAUGAGCUUAAGGGCAUAUGUUUGCGAGUCUUAUAGGUUGUGUUUGGUUUAUGAUUAUGUUCCCAUGGGUAGCCUUGAAGAUGCAAUGAAGAGAGCUAAAGAAAAUGAAUUGCAACUUGGAUGGGAUGCAAGGCUACGAAUUGCAGUGGGCAUUAUCAAAGGGCUUCAGUAUCUUCAUUUCACGUUAACACCUAGAACGUUGCACUAUAACUUGAAGCCUUCGAAUGUGAUGUUAGAUGCAGACUUUGAACCGAGGCUGGGGGAUUGUGGAUUGGGUAAGGUGAUGCAGGGUUUUAAUGGAAGGGCAUCUGGGUAUAAUGCCCCCGAAUGUAUCCCAAAUUUCAGUAAAUAUACAGAAAAGAGUGACAUCUUCAGCUUUGGGGUGAUACUGGGGGUUCUGUUAACGGGUAGAGAUCCAAGCGAUCCAUUGUUUGGAAUUGGAGAAGGGAGCAGGGGUGAUAUGGGGAUGUGGUUUAGAGCAGUACUAGAGGCAGGGGAUGGCAGGGAGGCACUUGAUAAGAGUCUUCUGGGAGAAGAAAUGGAGGAAGAUGAGAUGUUGAUGGCAGUAAGAAUAGCUGCAGUUUGUCUGUCUGAUAUGCCUGCUGAUCGCCCUUCCAGUGAUGAACUUGUUCCCAUGCUCACCCAACUCCACAGUUUUUGAAGAUAAAAGAAAAGAAAUUCAUGUUUGGUAGUUCUAUGGACAUGGGUAAAAAUUGUGGAUGGAUACCAUCCUACUGUUUAAUCACCUUUACAAUCACAGGUGUUUGUCUGUCUGUCUGUUUGUUUUGCUUUACUACUUUGUUGAGUAACAAAGCAUAAGAUUUAAGCCUUUGGGACCAUUCCUUGAGCCUUUGGCUUGUUACUAUAAUGAUGAUGAUUAUUAGCCCCUUGUAGUAGAUGCAGAAUGGUAAUUAAAUAAGUUGUUAAAAUCUGGUGGUUGGUUUUGUAAUAAUACAAGAAGCAAAGCC